GUCAUGCGAUAAAUGGAAUAGACUCAACGAACUUCUUGUCUCUUAACUAAGAAAAAUAAACGAAUAAGAACUUGUUCUAGGUGUACUAUUAUCGGUUUUCAACUUGAAAAUUUCAGAUAUGAAUAUUUUAAAUACUAACAUUAAAAAAAAAUUAUAUCGGUUUUAACUGGUCGUUAACCUGUUGCUUUCAUAUAUAAAUACAGCUAUUGUGGGUUAACCUGUUACUAUUAAAUUGGAUGUUGUCAAAAGAAUCAAAACAGUAGGAUGAUGUUUCGGGGCACAAGCUGUAACAGAAAAUAUUUGCACAAUGUUUUACAUCUAUAUGCUACUUUUUGCUUAAGUUUACCUAUUGUUCAAAUAGAUCAGCUCGUACGUCACGUAUGACGUACGUAACCAAGUUUUUCACAUAGUCGAAUCAACCAUGCGUUCCGUAUCACGUUACUUUUGUUAAGUCAAAUAUUUUAAUACUCUAAACAACAAUAUUCUAAUAUUUGAACUAGAAAAACUAGUUUGAGCCAAUUAUUAAUUUAUGCCACAACUUGUUUGUUGAGCCGUUUUCCACCCGAAUAUAUUUGUUAUGAAUAAUCUUAUAUGAAAAAUGGGCUUGUUUGAUAAUAUAUCUCACCAAACUCUAUCAACAAUGCUAUGCAUAACCAAAUCGUAUUAUUUAACUCAAAUUACAUUUCAUCUAAUUGUUUUAUCAUUUAUGUCAAGUGCAAAAAAAGGAAACUUUGCCAAGUUGGUGGAGUGUGAAAGCAAUAGAUUAUCACAUAUCAUUAUUCAUUCACUAUGCAACCACCACUAUUUAUUGCCCACUAGUCUUCAACACAAAUGCAUUACUCUAUUACAUUAGCUAAACCCUAGUUAAACUUGUUGCACAGACAUGGCAACAGAACUACUACUGUUCUUCCUUUCCCUAGCCAUAUUCCUAUGGCACUGCCUCCUCAGAAACAAGCACUCACCCGUCUACCAAUGGCCAUUCCUGGGGAUGCUCCCUAGCCUCCUCUUAAGCUUAUACAACUACACACUCCACGACUUCUGCACUCGAGCCUUGAGGCGAACAGGGGGAACGUUCCUUCUCAAGGGACCCAGUUUCAUCAAUGCUGACUUCAUGGUGACGAGUGAUCCCACAAACAUCAACCACAUCUUCAACAAGAACGCGGCCAACUACAAGAAGGGUCGCGACUUCCGGGCCAUAAUGGAUCCUCUGGGCGACGGGAUCUUUAAUGUCGACGGCGAGUCGUGGAAGUUCCAGAGGAAGCUCCUCCAUUCCUUGUUGAACAACCCCGAGUUUGAGGGUCACGCCAUGAAGACCCUCGAAAGGAAGAUGAGGAGCAACCUUCUGCCGGUCCUUGACAGAGCAGCAACAAAAGUUGGCGGGGACGAGGCAUUGGAUAUACAAGACGUGUUUAAGAGGUUCAUGUUAGACAACAUGUGCAUGUUGGUAUUGGGAUUCGACCCCGAAUACCUCCCCGCGGGGUUCGAGGGCGGAAGACUCCCCAAGAGUGCGUGUAGCAACGCCUUCGAUGAGUUGGGAGAGGUGGCAAUAUACCGAUACAUGGUUCCAAUAUGCGUGUGGAGGUUUCAACACCGGCUUCGUAUUGGAAUGGAGUGGAAGUGCAUUCGAGCCUGGAGCACCGUAGAUCAGUUAUUGUAUGGUACCAUCAACAUGAAGAAGCAAGAAUUAGCAACAAAGAAACACUCCAUCGGCAAUGACAAGCGGGAUUUGCUAACACAAGUUUUGGUCAUGAAAGAUGAGGAUGGCAGGGGUUACGAAAAAAUCGUUGAUAAAACUUCCAAAAACUUUCUGAGGGACACUAUGUUCACCUUAGUUGCUGCCGGGAGGGAUACCAUCACUGCCAGCCUUACUUGGCUGAUAUGGUGUGUGGUGAACCACCCCAUCGUCGAAAAAAGGAUUUUGGAAGAGCUGGGACUAGCAAUAGCGGCCCGACCACCAAACGAGGUUGAUGAAGAAGAAAGAGGAGGGGGGUUUAUGAACAACAACGAGUUGAACAAACUUGUGUAUCUCCAUGCAACUGUUUGCGAGACACUAAGGUUGUACCCACCAGUUCCAUUCGAGCACAAGUGCGUCGUGGAGGCGGAUGUCCUUCCAAGCGGGCACACGGUUCAUAAAGAAGAGAGGAUAGUGUUUUCCAUAUACUCCAUGGGAAGAAUGGAAAAUAUAUGGGGAAAGGAUUGCAUGGAGUUCAAACCGGAGAGGUGGAUUUCGGAGACAGGAACGAUAUUACAUAUCCCCUCGUACAAGUUCAUGACCUUCAUAACUGGGGCAAGGACAUGCUUGGGAAAAUCCAUGGCUUUCACUCAAGUCAAGUACCUGGCUAGUGCCCUCCUUUGGAACUACAAGUUUGACUUCAUAGAUAAUGGUCCCUCUGUUAAGCCAACGGUCGGGAUGGUCAUGUUUAUGAAAGAUGGGCUCAAGGCAAGAGUCAUUAAGAGAAAUAAUUGACAAUAAUAAUGUUGAUUUGUUGUGGGCUAGUAAAAGUUGUUGUUUCAUUAAUUUGUUACUGUUUCUUUAUAGGUUUCCGAGUGUGGUGAAGUUUUCUUUCUUGUAAUCUGUUUUAUAAAUAUGGCAUCGCUUAGUAAAUAAACUUUCAUGUGCUCGAAAAGUGUGAAAAUCAUUUUCUAUUUCUCCCACUGUCCCUCAUACACAUAUCAAUAAUUGGUUCCCAAUUUGGUACAGUGGUUAUCAUUUUCAGUAACAAAAAAAAAAAAAAAAUUGUUUUCAAGUCAUAACAACGGUUGAUAUUGUGUAUCUCAAUUUUUUGUUCAAAUGACCUAAGUAUAUAAAUUUUUCAUAUUUUUUAUUUCAAAACAUACAUAGUCAAUUCAUAAAAAAAAAGAUACAUAGUCUGUGGCGAUGAUAUCUUUUUGAUAAUAGUGAAACUGCAUAAAACUGAAAAAUAAAGUCUUACCUUACCU